AUGAAACCAAAAACAAUGCAAUCUAGGCCAAUAGCGGACGUGUUGGACAUUUCGGACGGUGGGUUAGAAAACAAGGAAAAGAAUAUCAACAACGAUAGUCACCAUGUGAUUGAUUCUGCCUCUGCCCUCCAACAAUUUCUUGAUCACGUACCCAUUAGUUCAAUAGCCGGCAUAAAUAAUUCACCUGUUUUGGAAUUGAAAGCUGGAGACAGUAUAAGGGAUGCAAUUCAUAUGUUGUACGAAAAGGACAUCUCUUCUGCAGCAAUUGUGGAUGUGUUGGACCCCAAUACCGCUAGCAUAAGAUUUUCAGAUCGAUAUAUGGGUUGCAUAGAUUUUACAAGCAUGGUUCUUUGGUGUCUUGAGGAAUAUGAGAAGACCAAGAAAAAUUCCGGGGAAAACCUUCUCAAGGAUAUAAAGAACGGUGACUUUUUCUCCAUCCUGGACCAGAUUCCUCAGAUUGGACAAACCAAGGUUGGCGAGUUGGCUAAGUCAUUCCUCUGGGAACCAUUUUUCCCGGUACACCUGGAUGACACGAUUUUGCAUGCACUGCUAGUUCUCUCUAAGCAUCGGCUGCAUGUUUUGCCUGUGAUACAGCAACCUGAACCUGGACUCAUUGGUUUUGUUACACAGAAUGCUGUAGUCCAAUUCCUUCUUCAAUCAAGUGAACUAGAGUGGUUUGAUACUAUUGCAGACAAGAACUUGUCAGAUUUCCGAUUUGAAGGCCAAGAAAAUCCUAGUUGUGUAUCUGGAGACCAAACUGUUGCAGAUGCUCUGAAGUUGCUAAGGCAAAACCAAACUUGUGCAGUUGCAGUGGUAGAUCGACAAACUAAGAAGCUCCUGGGUAAUGUGAGGAACAGUGACGUUUAUAAUCUUGUAAAGAAUGAUGAUCUCCUUAGAAAUAGAACGACUUUAACUGUGGAAGAAUUCAUUCACACGGAAACUGAAAAAAUAGAGACUGAAGCAUCCAUUGAACAUGAUCACGGGACUUUUCUCACGGCAGGAAGUCUCCGCCUGAAAAACAGCUUCACACCCAGAAUGGAUUCACCUGUUGCCGACAAGGAAAAUGUUUCGCUCAAGCAAAUAAUGAAACAUAUGAUACAGACUAGUAGCAGUUUCAGCUUUCUGGUAAAUGAUAAUGAACAAGUAACAGGUUUGCUCACACUGAGAGAUGUAAUUCUGCAGUUUGCCCCACCAUGUGUGAAUUCUAGCAUCAAUGGAGGUGGAUUUUUUGAACUUGCCUUGGAGCAGAGUGGAUGUCAAGUGAAAAAUGGAACUAUGAUUCGCAAUCAUUGA